AUGUCUUAAUAAGUAUAUUGGCCAGUAUACCUGGAAAACGAUAUAUGUGAUAAGUUUUGGAAUCGAGGUGAAUGUGUUUUAGAUGGUGAAAUACUUGUAACUCAAUAAUUGAAUAAGACAGAUAGAAAAAAUUAAGUAAUCAAAGAGAGAACAUAUAUAUUGACAGAAAAAGGAAUUUUGUGUUAUUAGAAAUAAAGUAAUAUAAAGUGGGUGUUGUUGAAUUAUUAGAUGAGUGUUAAAUUGAUUGAUUUGAAAAUUUAGAAUAAAGAUUAGGAUCUAGUUAAAGUGAUUAGAGUAAAGAGAAAUUCAUAAGUAUAUUCAUAUUUUUGGAAUGCAGAUUUGUAAAAGUUUAAAAAUGAUUCUUCAGUUAGUAAACAUUUACUUUCUUCAAACGAUUAACAGCAUUUUGCAUUUGUUAAAAUUUUGAAUAGCUUUAUACUAUUUAAGAUUUAAUGGGUAAGGGUGGAUACUCAAAAGUAUACAAGUUGUGUCCAUUAAAUAAAUAAUCAUUUUAGUAAUAAUAUUAUGCAGGGAAAGUAUANAAAUUAUUUGAUGCUUUUGAGAAAUGUAAAGAUCAUGAUGUUGUAGCUAUUGAUGAAGGUUAAUUCUUUAGUGAUGUAAAUUAUUAUCUAAUAUACUCUUAGAUUGUUGAGUUUAGUGAAGCAAUGGCAAAUUUAGGGAAAAUAGUAAUAGUUGCAGCUCUUGAUGGUACAUUUGAUAGAAAGCCAUUUCAUAAUAUCUUGAAUUUGAUUCCAUUGGCUGAACGUAUUACUAAGUUAACUGCUGUUUGUUGGUUUUGUAAGAAAGAGAAUGCUUCAUUCACUAAAAGAACUGUUUAAUCUUAGGAAAGUAUAUAAAAUAAAAAUAUAAUUAAGUUGAAUUAAUUGGAGGAGAAGAUUGUUAUAAACCUGCAUGUAGAGUAUGUUUUAAUUUAACAGAGAAUUAAUUAAAUAAACAUACAAUAAUACAAAUUCCAGUUUUUUAAAAUGAUGAAAGAGUAUUUGGUUAAUAAAAUUUGAUUUGCUGAAAC